AUGAAGAUGAAAGCGUUCAUAGUUCUGUUUGUUCUGUUUUCGGUUGUUCUUUUGGUGUCAUCAACUGCAGAGGUCGAAACAUCAAAAGAUGAAAGAAACGGAUAUGGUGGUGGUGGAUAUGGGGGACCUGGCGGUGGAUGGGGUGGAUACGGUAACGGAUGGGGUGGACGUGGAGGAUAUGGUGGUGGUGGAUGGGGAGGUGGUCCUGGCGGCGGUGGUUGGGGUGGUGGCCGUGGUGGUUGGGGUGGUGGUCGCGGUGGUUGGGGAGGAGGAAGGGGUUGUAGGUUUGGGUGUUGCGGUGGUUGGUAUGGUUAUCAAGGUUGUAGCCGUUGUUGUCGCUCCCUUACUGAAGCAAUCGCCUUUAACGAACAAGAAGCAACCCCAUAA